GCUGUCGCGAUUUAGUGAGGUGGAAUUGUCGCCUGCUGCGGAAGUUGAUGGGCCGCUGUAAAGAUGCUCCUCUUCUGUCCUGGCUGCGGGAACGGGCUGAUCGUGGAGGAGGGACAGCGCUGCCACCGCUUCGCUUGCAACACGUGCCCUUACGUACACAACAUCACCCGGAAGGUAACGAAUCGGAAGUAUCCAAAACUGAAGGAAGUGGAUGAUGUGCUUGGGGGAGCUGCUGCCUGGGAGAAUGUUGACUCUACUGCAGAACCUUGUCCCAAGUGUGAACAUCCACGAGCUUACUUCAUGCAGCUUCAGACUCGAUCUGCCGACGAACCUAUGACUACUUUCUAUAAGUGCUGCAAUGCUCAGUGUGGGCAUCGAUGGCGGGACUAGUCCAGGCGUGUGGUCCUGUUGGCUGACCAGCCGGAUUGAUAUGUGCUGUGCCCAAUAUCCUCCUGAUGCCGUGUGACUCAGAAAGUGCUAGCUCCCAGUGGGAGAUGUAUAUUAUGUAACAUAUGGGUUGUGGAAAUAAAUGGUGGAAAUCUUU